UUCGCGACGAGAAGAGAAAGUCAGCCAGCCAUAAAAGCGAAUUGUGCUCUACAAAAGAACUUUCCCUGCUUGCCAACUUCCUCCAUUCUCGUCUCCCAUGUAAUGAUAGGCUUUGAAUUCAACACUCGGAGAAGAUCGAUAUAAUACCGUCACAUAAGCUGUCUUAUCUCAUUUAUUUCGUACUCGUCCUCCCAACCCACUUUCUCGAAGAUCUUCCUUUGUGAAUCUUUCAACUCGUCACUUCGUUUCAAGUUACUUGACAAUCAACAUGUCCUGAUUCUCCAGCCCAUCAAAGCAACCAAGCAGAAGCACCUUUUGUGAAGCCCAGGUAAAUAUCCUAAAACCUAAAUACACGAGUUGAAUAAUGGAAGACGUUCUGAAUAAUGAACUGUACAUCAAAAAAAUCCUGUCGUUCUCUUCACUUAACGAGCUAAAGAUUUGCUCCUUGCUAAAUUCCAAGUGGAAUAAGGAGGCCGUUGAGAGACUUCAUGAAAUAUCCACUACUCAUCUGAAUCUUGAUUAUUCCAAUAAUCACGCCAGACUUCGGGCAUACUUACGAAUGGUGGAAUGUGCCGGUGGUCGAAUUGUAACUCAACAUCCCAAUCUGUCAGCUCGACUAAAGUUUGAACCCAGGUCGAGAGAGGAACAGGACGACACGAUUUUAUUCCUGGUCGACGCAUUUCUGAAAUUCGGGCAAAAUGUGAGAACCCUUUUGAUCAGUGUGGAUUUUAAUAAAGGCUUACCAACUCGAGCACAAUAUAUGGAAUUGUUCUCCACCCUGCAAAACAUAGAACGACUUCGGGUUUCUUUACAAAAUGAGACGUGUCUCCAGAUUUCAUCAUAUUAUCCGUUCUACUGGAAUCUGCCCUCCUUGAAAGAGUUCUGGUUUGAGUUUUCUGGCCAAAUUGAGGGAAGCGAAGUGUUAUCCCGUGUUAUUGUAAAUCCAUUAAUCUCAUCUGCCAAACAACUGACAACCCUAAUUUGUGAGAGGUACGAUGUCAUGAGACCAAUUCUGCGCGAAGUCAAGAAGCUCGGUAGGCUGGGGCAAAUUGAAGAGAUUGUGACGGGGUCACCUCCACCAGGCGUUGAACUAACGGAUUCUAUCCUUCUUAAUGUUCCUCACUUGAGCCAUAUCGAGCUAAUUAUCAGGACGAGUAAAGAUGUUUCUUCGACCAACGUGAUUUUGACCGAAUACGCAGAUAGGCUGACAAGCUUGUGCUUAACAUUGGAAGGAAGUUCUAAUGACGAAAAUGUCCUGAUUUUUCCAAGCAUGCAGAAACUCAGGAUUUUAGGAAUUAAGCUGCGUACACCAACACUGCUCCAAUUACCUUUGACAAUAAAAGCAUGGACCGGAAGCUUACCCAAACUCCAGAUUUUUAAGCUUUAUGCAAACAAUCGACAAAUAUGUCAUGAUUUUUGCUCCAAGAUAUUUUCUUCUUUGGGAGCCGAAACAGAAUAUCAACUUUGUCAGGUGGCAAAGGUCAUAUUUUCAUUGGAAGAUGCGAACGAAGAAAAUGAAAUUGAUACCGAGUUUAUUAAUCAAAUGCAGAAUUAUUUUCCAAAUGCUCAAAUCAUUACUGGUUCCAAAAACCCAUAAUACAAAAGGCGUUAGGACAUGGUUUUGACGAAUUCGCGGUUGAAUAUCUCUGGCGGGGAGUUGAAUUUUGAACUGAUUUUUGGUCAGUUGC